GACUCUUCUGCAGCCCCGCGGUGUUGUCAUUUCUUGGCGACUAGAGGACACAUUCAAAAUGGCGGUAGUGGCUGGGCUGGUGCGGAGGCCCCUGGAGCAGGUCUCCGGGCUGCUGCUGAGGAGGCGCUUCCACCGCACGGCGCCGGCGGCGCUGCAGGUAACAGUUCGUGACGCUAUAAAUCAAGGUAUGGAUGAGGAGCUGGAAAGAGAUGAGAAGGUAUUUCUCCUUGGGGAAGAAGUUGCUCAGUAUGAUGGGGCAUAUAAGGUUAGUCGAGGCCUGUGGAAGAAGUAUGGAGAUAAGAGGAUCAUAGACACUCCCAUAUCUGAGAUGGGCUUUGCUGGAAUUGCUGUAGGUGCGGCUAUGGCUGGGUUGAGGCCCAUUUGCGAAUUUAUGACCUUCAAUUUCUCUAUGCAAGCCAUUGACCAGGUUAUAAACUCAGCUGCCAAGACCUAUUACAUGUCGGGGGGCCUUCAGUCUGUGCCCAUAGUCUUCAGGGGGCCCAAUGGUGCCUCAGCAGGUGUAGCAGCCCAGCACUCACAGUGCUUUGCUGCCUGGUAUGGGCACUGCCCAGGCUUAAAGGUGGUCAGCCCCUGGAGCUCAGAAGAUGCGAAAGGACUUAUUAAAUCAGCCAUUCGGGAUAACAAUCCAGUGGUGGUGCUGGAGAAUGAAUUAAUGUAUGGAGUUCCUUUUGAACUUCCUGCAGAAGCUCAGUCAAAAGAUUUUCUGAUUCCUAUUGGAAAAGCCAAAAUAGAAAGGCAAGGGACACACAUAACGAUAGUUUCCCAUUCAAGACCUGUGGGCCACUGCUUAGAAGCUGCCACAGUGCUAUCUAAAGAAGGAAUUGAAUGUGAGGUGAUAAAUAUGCGAACCAUCAGACCAAUGGACAUUGAAACAAUAGAAGCCAGUGUCAUGAAGACCACUCAUCUCAUAACUGUGGAAGGAGGCUGGCCACAGUUUGGAAUAGGAGCUGAAAUUUGUGCCAGGAUCAUGGAAGGCCCCGCAUUCAAUUUCCUGGAUGCUCCUGCAGUUCGAGUCACUGGUGCUGAUGUUCCUAUGCCUUAUGCAAAGAUUCUGGAAGACAACUCUGUACCUCAGGUUAAAGACAUCAUUUUUGCAAUAAAGAAAACACUAAAUAUCUAGUUUGGACUUGAAUUUAAAGUCAGUGGGAUUUACCUAAAAUGCUUUCUGGAUUGUCUUGUUAAGACCUUUUGAUUCAUGAAGUUAUCUGUAAGGCAACAACACAGAUGUUUUUGUGCUGGGAAGAACUUUAAAUGUGUUUGUGGAAAAACUUUCCACUCUCCUGCCUAGGUUCCAUGCUAUUUUUAUCUGUUAUAAUUGCCUUGUUCUUUGAGGAAGAUUAAUGUAAAAUUCUGCUCUUUCACUAAAAGGAUAAGGUAUGAAUGUGGCAGAGUCCUGAUGAAAGAUAUAUCCAAAAAAAGAUAACUUAUAUGUAAAAAUAAAAGCAUAUAAUCUACAUUUACUGUUAUUGUUUUGAUAAGGAAUAAAGGAAUUCCUAAUUCUAACUAA